AAACAACAAUGACAAAAAGCAAACCGCGUCACUUCUCUCCUCUUAAGCAUAUCUGCUGACUAUCUAUCGCUUCAACGAAAAUCAUUCGUCUUCUCUCAUCCAAGUUAGAUUUCUCAACUUCUUCUAACACCCGCCACCUCUUCUUUUUUCUUUUUUUCCCUCUUUUUCUGUAUCAUUACUGGUCAUUUCUUUCUCUUCUAUUAGUAAUUCUUGUCUUUCAAUCUCGCAUUUAUUUAAUUUUGUUCAUAUUCCUGCUUACCUUUUUCUUCAUUGCCAUUAAUGAAUUUAAGUCAUCAAAAAUUAACUAAAAGUGUUUCAAUGACGCGACUCUUUCGAUCUAAAUCUUGCGAACUUGUCGGACUCACUGAGUUCAAUUCCGCUCCUCCUACUCCAUUCUUUAACCACGGUAACAAAAAUAGCAACGAUGAUGCCGAAGAAGAAGAAGAAGAGGAUGAUGAGGACUUCGAAUGGGAGAACGAGAAUGGUGGUUAUAGUAUUUCGAGAAACCCGAUUUCGAUCCCGUUUAUUAGUCCAAGUUCGAGAUUCGGAGGAGGGAGAAGUGAGGGGCAACGUCGUAAAUCUGCGCCGAGUCAUCAGAACAGUAACCAAUUCCAGAUUCUGGAUAUUUUCUUGGCGGCUUUGAGGAAGUCGUUGGUUACAUGCAGUGUUGAGAGAGAAGAUGUAUCUUCUAUGGAUAUUGGUUGGCCAACUGAAGUUAAACACGUGUCACACGUGACUUUCGAUAGGUUUAAUGGCUUUCUUGGUUUGCCUACUGAGCUUGAGCCUGAGGUCCUAAGUAGAGCUCCUAGUGCCAGUGUAAGCGUCUUUGGAGUUUCUGCCAAGUCCAUGCAGUGUUCUUAUGAUGACAGAGGGAACAGUGUGCCUACAAUUCUUCUCAUGAUGCAGAAACGUUUAUAUUCAGGGGGAGGCCUUAAAGCAGAAGGAAUAUUCCGGAUAAAUGCUGAGAAUAGCCAAGAAGAAUAUGUGCGAAACCAGCUUAACAAAGGUGUAGUGCCUCACGGAAUUGAUGUCCACUGCUUGGCAGGUUUGAUAAAGGCAUGGCUUAGAGAACUUCCAACAGGAGUACUUGAUUCUCUCACACCUGAACAGGUGAUGCACUGCAACACAGAAAAUGACUGCACUCAACUUGUGAAGUUACUUCCUCCAACAGAAGCUGCUCUGCUUGAUUGGGCAAUCAAUCUGAUGGCAGAUGUUGUGCAGCAUGAACAGUACAACAAGAUGAAUGCACGAAACAUUGCUAUGGUUUUUGCACCAAACAUGACUCAGAUGGCAGAUCCAUUGACUGCAUUGAUUCAUGCUGUGCAAGUAAUGAACUUCCUCAAGACACUCAUCUUAAAGACCAUUCAAGAGAGGGAGGAAUCAGCUGCCAAGUCUAGGUUGCUCUCAUCAUGUUCUCAUUCACCCAAUAGCAAGAAUGAUUCACGUUCAUCAAGCAUAACCAAGUUGACUUCCUUCAAUCUAAACAAGUCUUCUGCCCCUGAAGGGCUUGCCAUUGGCAAGUUCUUGAAGGCUACCACUUUGGGUAGACUGGAAUCUGACACUCAGAACUUUUGGAGAUUUGGGAAGAAGACUGACGGAGCAGAAGAAUUUGAGUCUGUAUCAGGUAGCAGCAUGCCUGCAAUGUGUGAGAUACGGACAUUAACAAAUGGAUAUGAGAAUGGAGACUGGCUAAGUUUAAGAAAAGGAGUGAGAAGGCUAUGCAGGCAUCCUGUAUUUCAGUUGGGGAAGCCAACUAAAAAGACUAGAAAUCUUAGGAUUGUAAAUACUACAGAAGGGGGUGAGAAGCAUGGAAAUGAUAUGCUAUACACUUAACGUGUCCUUGCUGCACCAUUUUAUAUGUUUUUUGAGCCCUUGUUUUUGUAGCCGUUGUGAUUGUAUUAGUCUAGAUGUUAGUAUUCGGCUAAUUUUCUAGUGAAAAAAAAAAUAAUAAAAAAAUUGGAAGCUGCUGUUUUUUUAA